AUGGCUACAGCUCUCUUUGGCGGCUGCUCCUUUGCCUUAAGGAUUGAUUCAAGCAGCCCUCGGGGUGUGCAUGUGAGGAGAAGCGCGGUAAUGGGAAAGAAUACCGAGUCUAAAGAUGAGGGGCGUGAGCCUUCUGGAGAUUUCCUGAGGAGGAGGGGAGCUCUGGUUUCCGGGCUAUCUCUGAUUUCUUCGGCGGUGUUGGGUUUCCCCGGGGAAGGGUUGGCUGUCAAGCAGGGUCUUCUUGCAGGAAGGAUCCCGGGCUUGUCCGAACCGGAUGAUAAUGGUUCGUCCCUUCCGUUUCCCCUGUUCUAGUCGCGUAUUUCAUGAGCACUGCCCAGCCUGCAAGUAAAUACGGUGAUUCCAGAGUUCUACCAUCCGUAGAUUCGAGACAACCGGCGUUCGUUCACCAAAGGAAAUCCAAUAAAAUCCAAGUCCAACGCUGCAAUUUCUUAGGAUGAUUUUGUCUAAGAAAGUUACAAAGCUCUAACUCUCUCUCUCUCUCUCUCUCUCUCUCUCUCUCUCUCUAUCUAUCUAUAUAUAUAUAUAUACAUAUAUUAUGUUUAUUUAUUUAUUUUUGCAUUCAGAUAUACAUUUAUAAGUCAAUACGCAAACAUAUCUCAAAUGAGAUUCCGAGUAGAUCUUCUUUGUUUGAUAAAGUUGAGUACUUAAGCCUUUGGGGUGCUUCAUGUAGAUGAUUUCAGUACAAUCAAAGGUUUAAUUUUUGUAGUUCAAAGCAAUAAAAUCUCUAAAGCAGAAACCAUGAAAUCACCAAGAUUGCUACCCUGGCUUCCUGGGGAAAAAUCCAAAAUCUUUUCAGUGCAUUCGAUCAGGUUGUGUUUAUCAUAAAAUAUUCACGUGUGCAUGUAUACUAUAUGCUCUAUUUAUAUCUUGCUCAGACAGGUUGGAGGACAUACCGUAGACCAGAUGAGAAGUCCGGAGGACAUGGAGUUGGCUGGAGUCCAAUCAUCCCGUACUCGUUUGCAGUUCCCGAAGGAUGGGAAGAGGUAUAUCUCAACAAGAAACCAGAUUUUACAAGGACUAAAUCUGAUUUGCGUCGUCCCAUUGCUCCCAUGCAUCUGAUUGACGUAGAUCGGUUUUCCUAGGUCCCUGUAUCAAUUGCAGACCUUGGCGGCACUGAGAUUGAUCUGAGAUUUGCAAACUCUAAAGAAGGACGCUUAUUUAUUAUCGUAGCUCCUGUUCUCCGAUUUUCAGGUGAGAAAUCCCGCUUCCUGUUUGUGUUCUAUUUUCCCUUUUUUUCACGCGAAAAUAUGGGCUCUCUAUUUGUAUUCUGUCAACGCUCUUGACAGCAUCCUUCCCAAGAAGCUCCAAAUUUUCAAGGGUAUCCCCCAGGUAUAGUCUUCAAAGGGAAAAACUUAGUACAGGCAAGCAUAAUUACCCUUGCAUAAUGCCAAGAAGUCUCACAUAAACGAAGGAAAACAGCAUGCCAGACGUAGAUCCUGUUGGGCAUCAGAAGAGCAAUAAGAGCCAGUAUCUACCCAGUAGAGCAUCUUGACUCUGAACACUGAACACCAGAGAGAAGCAGACUGUGAAGGAUGGUGGAGAGAAACAGGAGGCACCAACCGAGUGCUAAAGUUUUUGUAAGCCCACUAAAAAUUUUCGGCAGUCAGAGUCUAACCUUAUGGGAUCGCGUGCAUUCAUCCUUGUUUUGGAGGCAAUGCCCGUGAGGAAGAAUAGACGUUGUUCUUCCUUCGUCUUCGAUCUCCUUCGAGUAUUGCCUGAUGAGGUCAUUUCGGUUGAUCCACCCAAGAUUCACACGCCGCUUCUGUUCUGGUGAUGUUUCUGGUUCAGAUACUCUCGGAGAUGAUGUGACAAUAGAGAAGAUUGGGCCACCGGAGAAGGUGAUCAGCGCCUUUGGCCCAGAGGUCAUCGGAGAAAACGUAGAAGGCAAGGUUUUAAGCAUGCAAGUGGCCGAACAUAUGGGGAGGACAUAUUACCAGUUUGAGCUGGAACCGCCCCACGUGCUAAUUACAGCCACUGCAGCAGGAAACCGGCUCUACUUGUUCAAUGUGACGGCCAACGGUAAGAGCUGUUCUUCGCUGUUCUUCGACUGGUCUUUCCAUGGCGAAGUAUACCUUCACCUGCCUGUGAUGGUUCUUUCAGGUCUUCAGUGGAAGAAGCAUUACAACGACUUGAAGAGGAUCUCGGAUUCCUUCCGAGUCGUCUAA